AUGAAGAGGGCAAACAAUACGAAUACGUUGAAUUCGUAUUUUUCUGUUGUUCCGAAGAAAGUAAUUAAAGAUGUGGGUGAUAAUGGGUCAUCCCAGUCAUCUUCCUCAUCGUCUUCUCAACAGAAUCUCGUAGUGCCAGAACGACUUACAACAGUAUCAACAUUACAAACAUCAGUUAAUAAUGAAAAUACUCUAAAGCAAGUUGCUGUAGAAAAGUCCAAUGAAAUAGAGCUUGUUUCUUUAAGUGCUGCUAUAGACAAGAUUAUUCCUGCGGUUAACUCAGUACUCAAUAAAAUCCAAGUCUGUAGAUUUUGUGUCUUCAUUUUAAAAGUGGUACAGUGUAGAGCGGACAGACACCAUAGUGAUAGACACAGUGACCAGAAUUUUGUAAAAAUGGCAACUAAUUCCAAAGAUCUUAUUGUGUCGAGGGAAAGUCAUUCCCUAGUGUCAGCCCAUUACAAACUGGAUUUCCACCCGCGGAUCUCGUCGAUUCACGAAGUGAUAGCCCGGAAUCGUUACCUGUACCUAGUAUUCCCCAAGGCUCACGGCGAUCUACAUUCCUACGUGAGAUCGAGAAAAAGGCUUCGGGAAUCCGAGGCAAAGAAGCUAUUUAGGCAAAUCGCGGAGACGGUUCAGGUGUGCCACGAAAAUGGGAUCGUUUUGAGAGAUUUGAAAUUAAGGAAGUUCGUGUUCGCAGAUCAACAAAAGACGGAAUUGAAGCUGGAAUCCUUAGAAGAUGCCGUGGUAUUAGAAGAACCAGAUAGCGAUUGGUUGCAUGACAAAAGAGGGUGUCCUGCUUAUGUUAGUCCUGAGAUAUUAAAAGCCGGAGCCCACUAUUCGGGGAAAGCUGCGGAUAUGUGGAGUCUCGGAGUUAUCCUGUAUACGAUGUUAGUUGGAAGGUAUCCCUUCAACGACUCAGAACAUGCGUCGUUAUUCGCCAAAAUAUCCCGAGGUCAUUUCGUAAUUCCCGAGUGUUUAUCGUCACGAGCGAGGUGUCUAAUUCGAUCCCUGCUUAGACGAGAACCCUCAGAACGCAUCACCUCAUCAGACAUCCUCUACCACCCUUGGUUAGUGAAAGAAGACAAAGAUUGGUCUUCGAGAUCCUGUGAUCAACUAGUGCCCGAAUGCAGUCUCUAUGACGAUUAGUUCCUCAAUUUUUUCUGUGAAAAAAUUGUGCAAAGUGCAAAUUUUGUGCUGUGUUUUAGAUUAAGUCAACUCCGUCGGCAGGCAUUCGACGGAUUGGAUUGGAAGAGAUACAGUUCGUUGAGUAUCUCAUGAUCCUGCCGUUUUGUAAGCGAUGGCUGAAAAGCCAAAAAAUCUCAUUGAAAAGACGUCAUGUACUGUUAAAAUUCGUUAAAUCAGGUAUCAUGAGAUUCUGAACGAACAUUAGAUAGCAAUAGUAAGUGCAAUGUGAUUCAAAAGUUAUAUUUAAAACUUCUUGGAAGGAAAGGUAUGAAAUGAUUGUCUGUAAUGUUGAAUCUAGGACAACCAAUUUUAAAUUUUCCUUUGCUUUCCUUUUCUAUAUCUAUAUAUCAAAAUAAACAAUUUAUUUGGUUUCCAAAACAGUUUUAAAUAAAAAAAUUGAGUCACUUCUUUUCGCAAUGAACUGGUUUGUGCCUGUUGCACGCCUGCCGGACGUAUUUGAAGCCAUGAUUUAGCUCGUAAUGUUAACAAAUUGUGGUAUUUGUUUUUGUUUUGUUUAUCGAUGCGCAAAAAGUUUUUGUGUAACUUUUAUUUAUUUUGUUAUCUAAUCUAAUUCUUUGUGUGUACCCAAAAACAUUUUGCCGCAUUCUUCCAUGGAUCGUUCUGAUAUUAUUUGUUCGUUUAGAUUUGUUGCAAUCUAAAAAAAUAUAGGUCAGCUAAGAAGAACUGAAUCGUUGUUUUGAUUUUAAAGCAUCACGUUAGUUUUCUUUUAAGAAUUAAGACUGAAAAGACGUUUUACAACCUACCCUACUGUUAAAAAUACUGCCAAUAAAAAUAAAAUUUAUUUGAGGAUUCAUAGUUUAGUGUUAACUUUUGUUUUCUAAUAGAUACUCGAAGAAUGGAAUAGCAAUAGCACAUGUACACAAAGCAUUAAUAUAGUACUGAAGUUGGCAACAAUGAAAUUGUUUGUCAACUGUCAAUGACAUGUCAAUACUUUGUAGGUACAGUACACAGAUUCUAAACGUGCCGGUGGGGGAUGGUGUCCAUGCCCCGUAUUAUAGUCGGUGUGUGAGAGAGAAAGUAUUCGAAAUAAUGAAGAAACAAAUAAUAUUGAAUGUGUUAUUUCAUUAUUUCGAAUACUUUCUCUUUCAUACACCGACUAUAAUGCGCAUAGACGCCAUCCCCCAACGGCAAGUUUAGAAUCUGUGUACUGUAUAUACAUGUUAUUUUUUUUGACAUUUCUUUUUUCGUUAUGACGUAGUGAUAAGACUUACAGUUUUGGUUUGUUAUGUAAAAUAUCGCUAAUUGUUAAGAUUCUACUAAUAAGUAAUUGUGUUUUUGUAUCACAAUUUCAAGAUUAUAAUAUGUCCAUAUCACUACAUUCUUAACGUAAAAUCGUUUUUUUUAAACUGUCAGGUCACGUUUUUUGUUUAAGCACAUACUUUUUAUCAAGUUUAUUGUUAUUGAGUGCAAAUGUAUUUGGAAGAAUUUAUGUUGCUUUUGUUGCAUCAAUUCAUUUUUUUACUUUUUAUUUUUCGUUUUUAUAUUUAAAAGAAGCAGAUUUUAGUUGUCUCCUUUUUAACAAACAAGGCAAUGUUUAUUUAUGAAUUUUUAAAUGAGAUAAAUAGAAAGCCAAAAAAGUGAGAAAAAGAGAAAUAGUGAGAAAGAUGGAGAAAGAAAAAGAAUGAGAACGGGCGAGAGGGGAGGAAGAGGAAAAUAUAUAAAGGGCUACUUGACUGUGAUUAACACACAACCAAACGUAUAUGGAAUCAUCCUGUUAUUUCUUAUUAUUUCAAGGGAAGUAAAAAUACGCCAAAGUCAAACGAUAAAUUCUUAAAAUAAUAAAUUGAAACUAUUUGUUUUAAAGUCCAUAACAUAAAAAAUUUCAAUGUAAAACGAAUAGUGUUUACAUUGUUUUUAUUUAUUUAUGUUUUUUUAGUAGUCAGUGUUACCAUCUCUAGCCCUAAGCGCCGGACUCCACUUGCGAUUUGUAGUCGCGCGAUUGUUUUGUCGCGAAGAUUGAACACAUUGUUUCAAAUACAAGUCAAUCCAUUUGCGACUAAAUAAUCGUGGAUUGACUUGUAUUUGAAACAAUGUAUUCAAUCUUCGCGACAAAAUAAUCGCGCGACUAGAAAAUCGCAAGUGGAGUCCGGCGCUAAUGCAAGCUUCAAUUCGAAUGGACAUGUUUUUAAUCAAAUUAUCAACAUUUUGUUAUGGCAGGUUGUUAAAUUCUCCAAGAGUAACUUGUACUAGCUAUGCGGUGUUUUGCGGGUUAUCCCAGCGACUUCUAAUUUUUCUUUUAAGCAUAUCCCACCAAUGCUCCAUAGGGUUAAGGUCGGGUGCGUAAGCAGAACCACUCCAGUGAUAUCGUUUAAUAUCUUCUAUUUCAAGGCUUCGAGGGCUUUCAAGGAAGUCUGUGGGUAACCUGCUGGUGUGUGGAUAUCUCAUUGCACCUUUACAUAUCCUAACUAGAGGUUCUGGAACCAAAGCAACACCAUAAUAAUGACUCCACAGAACAUGACAUUCCCGCCUUUAAUAUGUGAAAGAUCUGUCAAUUUCCGUUCUUGCUUGUUUUCCUCGCCUUCAAUGUAAGUUGACGAAUUUGUCGGUCAUCUGACUUUACACAAAUCCUGGAUUCGUCUGAAAAUAUUAAUGUUCCUGCCUUUAAUACCAAUUUAGCCGAUCUUGUGUUGCUUAGAUAAGUCAGGAACCCCUAACUGUCUUCUGCUGUAUCGUACUUGAAAAAAAAAUGAAAAGGUUGUGGUGAGCCGUUGUUACUUUUUGGCAACUUUGUCUUAGUCUAUUCUUAAGCGUUCUUAAUUCCUGAUAUCUUGCACAGGUUUUUGACAUAACAGCCUGUGUCACGCCCACCACACAGCUAUGGAUCUCUGAGACAUUUCUUGCUCCACAACACCAAUAAUAUUUCCCGUUUGCACGUCUGUUAAUCCCACAUACGGCAUAUUUUCGUUUUUGAACGCAAAAGUUAGUUUUUUUUAUUCUUCGUGACAAUAGAAAUAAAAUUGAUUUGAAAUACAUGGUGAUUCCAUAUAAGUUUGGUUGUGUAUUAUUCCGUCUCUACUGAUGUAGGAACUUAGGUCACAGACAAAUAGUUCUCAGUUAUUUGCUUUGUUCGAAAUGCAUUUGCAGAUUAUGUUUGUACAUAUUUUACUAUUAUUUAAAAAAACUCUGUUAAAAAUGACUUUCGUGAUGCAUGUUAGUAUUGUGAUCUCGGUCAAAUUGAUUUUGACUACACUGUGUAUAUUUUUCGAACUGAACCUGUACAUAAAAUCGUUGUAUAUUUCGUUUUUAAUUUAUAUAAAUAUAAUGUUAGUUGAUAUAUAAUUUAUCGUUGUAUAUCAUUGUAAAUAGCUUCGCAACUGUGAGGAAAUGUUCAUCGGUGGUAUAUAGAUAUGCUGUUGUUCUAAUUAAAGAAACAUUUUUUACUA